CACCUAUUCGUUUAGAAACUAAACGAAGAUGCAGGGUUUGCGAUAUUUGUUCCUCCUGAUGUCCAUGAAUUUUGCUACUUCAGUUGGGCUUUGCGAAGGGAAAUAUUUAGGCAAAAUCGCCAGUUUAGAAGAUGCAACGUUCAUUCAGGCAGAAGAGCGAAACCUUGAGGAAGAGCAUGGCUUUAACUCCAAACUGGACAACUAUUUUGACUUCACGAAGGAAGAUUUUUUGAGGAAGCUGAAUUUAUCAGGCGUGCCGCAAGAACACAGAAAGGUUCAGCCUCCUCAGUUCAUGAUCGAGCUCUAUAAUAAAUAUGCUUCCAUCCCUCGGUCGGAUGUCAUCCGAAGCUUCAUCAUACAGGAUGUUAUUUAUUCCAUUAGACAGGGCAACAAAACACAACACAGACUGCUAUUCAACGUUUCCAUCCCAAAUCAUGAAGAGAUCACAUCAGUCCAGCUGAGGCUGUUCACUCUCUGGGAAAGAA